AUGAGUUUGCCUUGUUCACCUACACUCAAGUCGUCAGAUGACACAAUAACCGCUGUAGAUUUCAUCAGCCAACAGACAAUAUUGGAACAAGAUGCCAGAGAAGCACUUCCUGGAAAUUUCGAAACAUGCACAUUUGACAUGGGUUACAUUCGCCAGAAUGUAUACGCUUGCAAGACAUGUAAUGGCUCAGAACCAGCUGGAAUGUGCUAUAGCUGCUCAAUGACCUGUCACAAUGGUCAUGAUAUUCUUGAACUGUUUCCCAAACGUCAUUUUCGAUGCGACUGUGGUACACCAAGUAAACUUAACGGACAUCCUUGUUCUCUUUCCAAAGGCACGCCAAAAGAGAAAAAGACUGUCAAUGAAGAAAACAAGUACAACCACAACUUUUACGGAAAAUACUGCAGAUGUGAUGAAUUGUAUGAUCCAGACAGAGAAGACGAUGUUAUGUACCAGUGUGUAGUUUGCGAAGACUGGUUCCACCAACGUUGCAUUGGCGAAAUACCAGAUUUUGCUGCAGACUUUGAAAGUUAUAUCUGUCGUGGAUGUACAGCCAAGCACCCUUUUCUUAUCCAAGACACUCCUUACUGUACCGUUGGAUUAUCGAAAGACAACCAAAAAAUCCAUGAAUGGAUGCCUACAAAGGAAAAUAUUGAAGUUGUCUCGGUAGAAGAGUCAGUUGGACAGCAGAAAAGAAAGGCUGAUACUAUCAUCGAUACAGAUCCUAAGAAAAGAAAGACAGACAAAUUUGAUUGCAAAAUGCGCUCCUAUGAAAGUCAAGUAGAGCUCUUUCUGGCUUCUGGUUGGAGAUCCGGUCUCUGCUCAUGUAACAAGUGCGAGGAAAAUUAUCAGACAAAUGAAUUAGGAUACCUAAAAGAAGAGGAGAAAGUAUAUGAACCUGAAGAUGACGAUGAUACCGGGAAAUCGUUAUUGGAGGCUGGAAUGGAACAUUUUCAGCGCAUGGAUCGUGUCCAGGCUGUCGAGAGUGCUCUUGCCUAUAAUGCAUUUGCAGGCGAGCUCAAACAAUACCUUAAGAAGUUUCAAGAAGCAGGAGAGGUGGUAAAAAAAGAAGAUAUCCUUGCCUUCUUUGCUGAAAAACGCAGGGUCGAGGAACAUUAA